AUGACGAAUACAGGACGGAGAACGUCUUCUGUCACUGCUCAGAUUACACGUCAAGCAAGACGCUUCUCAACAGCCAUCGCCCCAACACUUACCAAAAUAGAGGCAGUCCACAUUCUGCAGAAAUUGGAUGAAGUUCGAGUGAAAAUGAAUGAUGUGGCACAGUUGCAAGGGGCUAUCGAACACUAUGUUCUCCGCAAUUCUGCCCAAUUCGAUCCAGUUGAAUUGGAUAUUAUCAAUAAGGAGGGAUUCCGGAUCAUGCAAGCAAGUGUCUACCCAGAUGAAAUAGUUCUCCAAGAAGGAAGCAAAAAGAUAUGUGAAGUCACUUUAAUCGAUACAGAGGAUACAAGUAGUCUUCUUAAAAUCAAGCAUCCAGUAUCUGGAAUGACAGUUUAUGAGUUACGCGAACUCGGCGGUACUAUUCUUAUUCAGACGAAUACCGAUGAGUUGAAGGGUGCCCGAGUGAUGACACAGACAUCUGGAUUAAGCAGUCUAUUCUUGAACUGUGGAUGUACAUUCAGUAAGGAGACCUGGUCGGUUUUGACUCAAGACAAGAUUAUGGCAACUGUUAGACCAAAUCGUUCUUUUUGGUCAGAGAAUGAGAUUAAAAUCGACUGGGAUCCAAAUUGUGAGAAUGAACUUCGUCUCAUCUCACUUGUUUUCGGAAUCGGGCAAAUGGUUCGUGUCGCUUUCCCACAACUAUUCCAUAUCGUCAAGGAGUUCCGUCAACGUAAUCAGUGA